UGGCUACAUACGCAAUUGCCUACGUAAUCGUGCACAUGCGCAUGCGUACCCUUAAGACAGCCCUUUUUCCGCUGAUCGCCGAUCAACGAGCAUCAAACGAGCGUGAAGAUGCAGCUCUUCCUGCGCGCCCAGAACACUCACACCCUCGAGGUGACCGGAGAGGAGACGGUUGGCCAGAUCAAGGCUCAUGUCCAAACUCUGGAGGGAAUCCUGGUGGAGGAUCAGGUGCUGAUGCUCACUGGCUGUCCUUUGGAGGAUGAUGCCUCCCUCGUGUCGUGUGGCGUCUCAGAAUUCUGCACCCUGGAGGUGGCCGGCAGGCUGCUGGGAGGUAAAGUGCACGGCUCUCUGGCUCGUGCUGGAAAAGUGAGAGGACAGACUCCUAAGGUGGACAAGCAGGAGAAAAAGAAGAAGAAGACCGGCCGCGCCAAGCGCCGCAUUCAGUACAACCGGCGUUUCGUCAACGUAGUUCCCACUUUUGGAAAGAAGAAGGGGCCCAAUGCCAACUCCUAAGAGGUUGUGUGACCUGGAGGUGGACCGGCACAGCUGGAUGUUUUCACUUGACAUCUUCUGUACAGAAUAAAAACGCUGCUCUGGCUUCCCCGGC